ACGCCGCUGCAGACCAGCACGAGGUAGUUGUUGCGGUCUCGUCGUUGCCCCUUCUAGACGGCCAGCCUUCAUUGCUUCGACACGUUUGCAAGGCAAGUCGUGAAGAGGAGGGCUUCACUGAGAAACCGCCUCCAGCUCCGCCCUCGAUUGCGACAUUAGCAUACAACCAGACAUUUGGCUUUCUCCAGCAGUAUGAAUCCACAGACUAAUCCAUUGCUUCGUCAUGCUGCGGCGAGUUACAUAGCUGCAGUACCUUCGCCGGGAUUCGCUUCACCCGGAUGGGCAACGACACACGACGGUCAUCCAUACCUCUUUAGCAUGUUUCAAAGUCCACCUGCGGUCGCUGCUGCAGCAGCCGUGAAAGGAGAGCACGGGCUGGCGUCGUUGGAAGAACUCAUGCAGCUAGCAGUGGCACGGCAGAUGGGUCCAUCUGUGUCGGUACCGACAUCACUUCCGCAACGAACGAUGAGUGGACUCUCGCAUGCAGACGGCGUGCUGUUUCAAGACCCGUUGAUGUCUGAUUCUAAGCUUACAGCUAGUCACAGGAUGCUACUGCAUGGAAAUGUGAGCGGUGAUGAUUCUACUUUCAGUCACAGCGCCGAUGCGAGGAAUCAAUACUCUGACACUGCUAUGACCGGCGGAAUGACUUCGGGGGAGUUCGUCGAGCAAACACAAAUUCGACCAGGAUCCGGGGAUUCACCAAUGUUCUACCCGCCUCUACACGGUCCCCCGCGUAUUGCUAUGCCUUCUCUUACUCCUCAAACGGUUGGUUUUAUUCCAAACGAUCAGACGGUUUCUAUUUCAUCGCCAUCGUUUUUCCAAGCUGCAGUUACGGGCAACAAUCAGAUGAAUGACUACCAGCAGGCACUAUUUGUGAGACCGUCUAUGCAGCCAGUGGUGCAAGGCAGAAAAGAUGCCACUUUACCAUCUCUUGCACAUAUGUUUCCAGGCCUGAGGGCGCCAGGUGAUAACCUUCAGUUGCCGCUAGAAAUGAAAGGCGGUACUGGCCCCGUGCAGAUUCAAUCCAAGCCAGGAGGAAGACCUGGGGGUAAAAAGAAGGACGACAAUCUCAAACCGUUUGUCUGCCAAUACCAAAACUGCGACAAAAGGUACUACAAACUGUCUCAUUUGCAAAUGCAUGUCAGGAAACACACGGGAGAAAAACCGUAUGCUUGCGACCACAACGGUUGCGGCAAGUGUUUCUCCCGCAGCGACCAGCUGCGACGACACGGUCGCAAGCACACCGGAGUAAAGCCAUUCACUUGUGAUGUCUGCAAGCGCAAGUUUUCUCGGAGUGACCACCUGAAGACCCACAUGCGAACCCAUACCGGAGAAAAGCCGUAUCCUUGUACCUGGGCAGGAUGCACCAAACGGUUCACGCGGAGUGAUGAGCUUGUGCGUCACAAGGCUAUGCAUGAGCGCAACUUGAGGAAAAGUCAGGCCAACACCAACUCAGUCCCAGUGCCUAUGCAGAUUCCAGCUACAGUCAUCCAACAACAGCAAUUCCAACAUCCUACAGUCACUGUGGCGUCAUUGGCUGCUACUACUUGAAGCAGGAAGACACUAACAGGAACAAAAAUUUUCUAUUUGCUCCAAGCAAUGCUUACUACGUUUUUAUACCAGUUUUGAACUUAUUUUGUAUUAACUAUUUUUGAUUAUGGAGUUUGAUCAUUUCCGUUUUUUGAGGCAAUUAUUUGUUAUUUUUGUAAUUCAAUUACAAGCAGCAAAAGCAAUGUAUGCAAUUUAGUAAACGAUUUUACUUGUA